AUGACUAAAGGUAACGGGGAAGAUCCAAAAACUGGAAGUAGGAUGGAACGCAUUCAACAAGGAGUCCGGAAACGUACACUUUUGGCAAAAAAAAAAGUGCAGAGCAUAACAAAGGAUGAUGUUAAAAGUUAUUUAUUGAGGAAUGCCUUCGUGCUCUUCACUGUUGUUGCUGUGAUUCUUGGUGUAAUCCUUGGAUUUUCUCUCCGAUCAUAUAAGAUGAGCUAUCGGGAAGUCAAGUACUUUUCAUUUCCAGGAGAACUACUCAUGAGAAUGCUGCAAAUGCUGGUCCUGCCACUAAUUGUAUCCAGUUUAGUCACAGGAAUUGCUGCCCUGGAUAGUAAAGCAUCAGGGAAGAUGGGAGUCCGAGCAGUAGUCUACUACAUGAGUACUACGAUCAUUGCUGUACUGAUUGGUAUAAUCAUUGUGGUCAUCAUCCACCCUGGGAAAGGUACUAAAGAAAACAUGCACAGAGAAGGCAAAAUUGUGCAAGUGACAGCAGCAGAUGCCUUUCUUGAUUUAAUCAGAAAUAUGUUCCCUCCAAAUCUGGUGGAAGCUUGCUUUAAACAGUUCAAAACUAACUAUGAAAAGAGAAUGUUUAAAGUAGAUAUUCCAUCCAAUGACACAUCCACAGUGGCUUCCAUAAUAAGCAAUGUGUCAGAAGCAAUGGAAACCCUCACCCAAAUGAAAGAGGAAAUAGUUCCUGUUCCAGGUUCUGUAAAUGGAGUGAAUGCCCUUGGCUUGGUGGUUUUCUCAAUAAGCUUUGGCCUGGUGAUUGGAAGCAUGAAGGAGCAAGGUCAGGCAUUAAAAGACUUCUUUGAUAGCCUUAAUGAGGCUAUCAUGAGAUUGGUAGCUCUAAUCAUGUGGUAUGCUCCACUUGGAAUCCUCUUCUUGAUUGCUGGAAAAAUUGUUGAGAUGGAAGAUAUGGGUGUGAUUGGUGGUCAGCUUGCUAUGUAUACUGUAACAGUUAUCAUCGGUUUGCUAAUUCAUGCUGUCAUUGUCCUACCUCUUCUCUACUUCCUGAUCACUCGUAAGAACCCUUGGGUAUUUAUUGGAGGCUUAAUCCAGGCAUUAGUCACAGCUUUGGGAACGUCUUCCAGUUCUGCAACACUACCUGUUACAUUUAAGUGUCUAGAAGAAAUAAAUGGAGUGGACAAACGAGUUACAAGAUUUGUACUCCCAGUUGGUGCUACAAUUAAUAUGGAUGGAACUGCUUUAUAUGAGGCUUUGGCUGCAAUUUUCAUUGCACAGGUUAACAACUUUGAUCUGAACUUUGGGCAGAUUAUCACAAUCAGCAUCACAGCUACAGCUGCCAGUAUUGGGGCUGCAGGCAUUCCUCAAGCUGGACUGGUCACCAUGGUCAUUGUGCUUACAUCAGUAGGUUUGCCUACAGAUGAUAUCACUCUUAUCAUUGCAGUGGACUGGUUCUUGGAUCGUCUCCGUACCACUACCAAUGUCUUGGGAGACUCCAUUGGAGCAGGAAUUGUUGAACAUUUAUCACGGCAUGAGCUGAAGAACAGGGAUGCUGAAAUGGGCAAUUCUGUGAUAGAAGAGAAUGAAAUGAAGAAACCAUACCAACUGAUCUCACAAGAAAAUGAGAGUGAGAAACCAUUAGAUAGUGAAACCAAGAUGUAGGGUAAAGAAAGCAUGAGU